GCACUGUUGAAGCUCCUGUCGUGUUGUCUUUCCUUUUCUGCUGAUUUGAAGAACAUGCGUAGACAUGUGUGAUAUCUCGAUUCUUCAUUCAUGUAAACAUUUUUUUUCUUCAGGUAUUUUAGUAGCUAAGUGAACAGGGAGUUCCUGUUGUUGGGUCAACUGUCACAUAAAUCCAAUGGCUUUGUGGAAGGGACACAGGCGAGAGCUGGGACAGACAAGUGCAGGUGUCGGCCAUAUGUAUGUGCAGCCCUUGCCUUUUUAUGUGGAGAGUCACAAGGGUGCAUCUCUGCCUCCUCUGUUCCAGCGUUCUCCCCUGGUGUCCACCAGCAGUCACUUCUCUGUCACCUCACGCUUGGAGCACGACAGGAAGCCUCAGACGGGGCCCCUGGCCAACACACUGCACCCACGUGCCCCUCCACACUGGAACACACACUUCCUCAAUGAGCUGGCACAACAGCUCCGGGACUGUGGGACAGUGCGCCUGCUCUCUCAGCCAAUCAGUGAAAUGCAGGACAGCUACAGGGGCCAGGCUGCUCCACAUGGCCCCCUGCUGGACCACUACUGCACCCUGCUGGCACUUUAUAGACAGCUUGAUCCAGGCCAGACCCCGACUGUGACAGCAGAUCCUUUAGUCAGCACAGCUCAUGCAUACUACAGGCGCUUUAGCAGGUCAGAGGUCGCCCCUUCCUCUUGUCUGGAAGCCCCUUCUUCCUACCUUAGCCUGAAGAAGAGCUCCACCCACAGCCGCCUGCCGGGCCACAAAGCCCCUGCCACCAUGUCCUGCCGCCCUUGGCUGCCCUGCCCCUCUGUGCCCUUACCCUAUGGAGGGAAACACAGCCUGUACAGGGACAGCUUCUGUGUGCCUGCCCCUCACCCUGCUCCCUCUGGUCCCUCGCCUGUUGCAAUCCCAGACUGGCGACAACCCGGGCCUGAAACUAGUGCUGGAGGACCUAAGAGAGGGCUUCUCAGGGACAUCGUGGAGGUCCCCAAAAUGUACCUGACAGAGAACCGGAUCUAUGGGGGGAACCGGACCGUACUGGUCUGAGACCGUGCCGGACCGUGCUUGUACGUGUGUGUGUAUCAGAAAGACAACUACAUGUGUGUAUUUUGCCAGAUGUCACCAAGUGUGAUCUAAAGUAUACAAGGACCAUGACCCCACUUUGGAGUCAACCGUCCCAGUGUUUUUUUGUGACUAUUUAUCAAAGGUCCAAUAAACAGGUAGGGUUUGAAAAGGACUGUAGUGGACUGAUUGAUUUAUCAACCACCACCAGUGAUGCAUGAUCAAGGGAUCCCAAGAGACACAACAUAUUUCAGGGAGUUGUAUGAAAAGGGCUGCGAAGGCUGAGCUGAGAUCAGUUUGGGCACGAGUGUUUCUUAUUGUUAAUGUUUUAAUGGGAGCGGGCUAAGCUGGUCCAAUAUCUAUGUUUAGGGGGUCCUUCAGUCAGGAGCUAGAGAGAGAUAGACCAGGGCAGUAUACUGUAAAUACUGACUGUAUGUAUGUAUGUGUGUGCGUGUGUCAGGGAGAGAGAAAUGCUGAGUAGGUUAGAGGUUAUUUUGGCAUCAUCUCACAAAUUACCCUCAGAAUCCACUGGAGUCCCUCCGUCCUUUCUGCCUUUUUCUCUUCCGCCCACCUGCUCUCUCGUCUCUUUCACUCUCCUCCCCCUCGUUCCUCCCUCCGGCAACAUGCCAGACGGAAGAAGAGAGACAGAGAGAGAGAGAUGGAGGGAGAGAG